AGCUGCGCUUCUUUUUCAAUUCAACGGAUACUAUUCUCUCCCACCAUACCUCAGAACCCAAAUCUGUCCUCUUCUUCACUUCACAUAGAGGCUCUUGUGAUCAAUUCAAGGCGUUUACGUCUCUCAUUUCCUCAAGAAAGUCAUCAGAAUGGCCAACGUCAAGGAGGUCGAAUUCAAGCCGUUCACCGACCAGAAGCCUGGCACAUCAGGUCUUCGAAAGAAGGUCACCGUCUUCCAGCAGCCUCACUACAGCGAGUCCUUCAUUACCUCAAUCCUCUUGUCCAUACCCGAAGGUGUAGAAGGUGCUUUCCUUGUCAUUGGCGGUGAUGGACGAUAUUGGAACCCGGAGGUUAUGCAACUGAUUGCAAAGAUCGGUGCUGCAUAUGGCGUCAAGAAGUUGGUCAUCGGACAAAAUGGCAUUCUUAGCACACCUGCUGCCAGCCAUGUCAUCCGCAUCCGCAAAGCCACCGGCGGCAUCCUCCUGACCGCCAGCCACAAUCCAGGUGGUCCCAAGGCCGACUUUGGCAUGAAAUACAACCUGUCCAAUGGAGCUCCGGCGCCAGAAACCGUCACAAAUAGCAUCUUCGAAAAGUCCAAGUCUCUCACCUCCUACAAGAUUGCCGACAUCCCUGACAUCGAUCUCGAUCAAAUUGGCACCAAGAAGUAUGGAGACCUCGAGGUUGAGAUCAUUGACUCUACUGCCGACUAUAUUACCAUGCUGAAGGACAUCUUCGAUUUCGACCUCAUUCGUUCUUUCUUCAAGUCCCAGCCCGAUUUCAAGGUCCUGUUCGAUGGCAUGUCGGGUGUCACUGGUCCGUAUGGCGUUGCAAUCUUCCAGAAAGAGCUUGGUCUAGGACCCAACAGCACUCAAAACUGCUCACCUAGCCCAGACUUCAACGGUGGCCACCCAGAUCCCAACCUGACCUACGCCCAUGAUCUGGUUGCAAGAGUGGACAAGGAAGGUAUCCAUUUUGGUGCAGCCUCGGACGGAGAUGGUGACAGAAACAUGAUCUAUGGCAAGAAUGCUUUCGUCUCGCCGGGUGAUUCGUUGGCCAUCAUUGCUCACUACGCCGAGAAGUAUAUCCCGUACUUCAAGAAGCAAGGUGUUUACGGUCUCGCACGAUCCUUCCCAACUUCCGCAGCUUUGGACCUGGUGGCUAAGAAGCGGAACUUGCCACUCUACGUGGUGCCUACCGGCUGGAAAUUCUUCUGUGCCUUGUUUGAUGCCAACAAAAUGUCCAUCUGUGGUGAAGAGUCAUUCGGCACUGGUUCAAACCACAUUCGAGAGAAGGAUGGUGUUUGGGCCAUCACGGCUUGGUUGAACAUCAUUGCGGGGGUUGGCAAGGAGACUGGCGUGUUCCCCUCCAUUGGUGAGAUUCAAAAGGAAUUCUGGCAGGAGUAUGGCCGUGUGUACUUCACCCGCUACGACUACGAGAAUGUCAGCAGUGAAGGCGCCGGCGAUAUGAUCAAGUUGCUGGAAGAGAGGAUUGCAGACAAGGGUACCGUUGGCUCUGAGCUCUCCGGUCGCAAAAUCACCGAAGCCGGCAACUUUUCGUAUACUGAUCUCGAUGGCUCUGUAUCGAAAAACCAAGGUAUCUACUUCAAGUUUGAUGACGGUACCAGAGUCGUCGUCCGCUUGUCGGGUACAGGUAGCAGUGGGGCAACCAUUCGACUCUAUGUUGAGAAGCUCGAAGAAGACAAGAGCAAAGUCGACCAAGAUACACAGACUUACUUGAAGGGUGCUGUCGGACUCGCAAUCGACCUACUGCAACUCCAGAAGUUCAUUGGCAGAACGGAACCAGAUGUCAAGACCUAAGCGCGGCCGACUUCUUGUCCGAUCUCACUUUUGGGGCCCAGCUUCCAUUUCACCCACACAGAGCAGGGUUCUGCAGAAUUGUAAAUAGAGGUAGGCAGCAAGAGAUGCCAAAAUAUGAUGCAACCUUUGACUAUGUCGCAACAUGCCUUCGUCUCCUUUCCAGGCCAAGUUUCUCUGGCCAAAUCUGACGAUCAGCAGGGCACAGCCUCGGAGUUCAGAUAAACCUUGACCACUAUCCGAAACAAUACUCUUUCGCCAAUCUGAUCAAGAACUGGGUGCUAGCUUGGCCGCAGGUCUCAACAAAUGCUGACGACCUCUCGAUCCACCAUGUUGACUUGUCUUUGCCGAUCUUCAGAGUGACACAGCCUCGCCCUUGGCAGAGGAGAAAGUGGAUUGGUCAAAGGUGGUCAAAGGCAGUUGAUGGUCCAGUUAAACUAUGCCACCAUACUUGAUUGGGCCCGAUCUACGCCAGGAUCUAGGAAGCAAAGGACACGCCCAGCCUUGGCCGGAUAGAUCAGUUACAUCUUGUCCUACUUGGGGAGAUAAUGUGGUCUUCCUCCUACAAUCCCUUAUCAGAUACUGAGAGGGGACGCACGAAUGAUUGAUUCAAUUGACGCUCCGGAAAUUGGACUAUGAAAUGAACAGACACUGGGCAUCGGACUAUUUGCAGUGCUUGCCUGCCGAGACGUCGGACCGCUGAAGCUUAGGGAAGUCACUGUCCUCAGCCCCCGGUGAGUCGUAGAAUAUCAGGUACAACUCAUCCUAUCACGAAGCCUCAUGAUGGGAGCUGGGUGGCCCGGGUGCCCACAUAUUGUUGAAACCACAGACAGCCGAGCACAGCUAUCCUCGCACCUCAGUGAAGCUGUGACACUGCAACAAACAUAAUGUGGGCUAUACCCACAUCAUCUGUCUGCUUGGCUUGUCCUCCUGGCCGUGCAGACAUUGAAGUCUGCUCCUUUCUUAUCUGGACGAGCAGCCCAAAGGAGCGAGGUUUGAUGUCCUUGUUUCUUUACAUGUAUGCAGCUUCCCUCGAAGAAGUCAUACAAAGGACUCGAGGA